AUGCUACAUAAGAAAUUUAAAUCUCCUUCAAAUAUCUGCAAGGAAAAGAUGCAGCAACUGAAAGCAAAGCUCAAGGAAGUCAAGAUACUCGCUGCAAUGCUUUCAACACAUAAAGGCAAGCAUGAAAAUGCCUCAUCUGAAGCUGAAGCUUUCCUUCCAAUAUUUCUGCAGUCAUACCAAGAGAGACAAACUGCUGAACUUACUAUUAUGUCAACAGGCAAGACUACGUCCCGUUCCACAACUUGUGCUCCUUCUUGCUCCAUUUCAAGAAUCCUUUGGUAUGUACUUCUCCUGGAGAUUAUCAUUUCUUCGUUGAAGUUUCGGAGAGGCUUGCAAGACAAGUUUUGCUUUGAUUCCAAACCCACU